AACACUGACGGUGGUCUCAUUAGAUGUUCCAACGUCAACAAAGGCUCUAGGCAAGUCUGCUCAUUGCGGUGUGCCACCGUCCCUCCUUCAUUGACCGCAUCCUCCCACAGCCUGCUGCCGCUGGCCCAGAAUAGGCUCGCCACUGGCGCCACUAUGAAAGAGUGCAGCAGCAGCACCGCACACACCCAAUGCGCAGAGGCAACGUCCAAAGAACCUAAUUCAUUCUGGUGCCUUUUCGUGCAGCAGCAAGGAUGUUGUAUUUCUCUCUUCUAACCCUGAGCCUAACGUCUAUCCAUGGCAUCCUCCUUCCUGAAUCUGCCAGGCCCGUGGAUUUGGACAUCAACCAGAUCCUUGAGGAUAAUAUGGCACAAGGACACACGACAUUAAACGACAUGUUUGAGGAGGUAGAGCAACUGAUGGAGGACACGCAUAAUAAACUGGAUGACUCGGUGCACCAGAUGGACAAUGAGAGUGCCAAGUCCAGCUUGCAUCCCAAUAACCUUCCCUCAAAUUAUCACAACGAUAGCACUUCUGAGAGUGUGGUUGAAAACCAAUCCAUUCACACCAUAGAGACAGUACACAAGGAGACAGACAACAGAACAGAAGAGACCCACAUCACCAGAACAGUUAUCCAGUCCAGUGGCAAGGGAAAUAAUAUUAAUCAUGAGUGUAUCAUUGAUGAGGAUUGUGAGAAGGGGAAAUAUUGCCGGUAUGAGACGCACCGAUCCAAGUGUCUAACCUGCAAAGCCCUCGACGUGCCCUGCAAAAAGAAUGAAGAGUGCUGUACAGGACAGCUGUGUGUGUGGGGCCAGUGCAGCCAGAACGCCACUAAGGGGGAAGCUGGCAGCAUCUGCCAAUACCAGAACGACUGCAGCCCAGACCUCUGCUGUGCUUUCCAUAAAGCCCUGCAGUUCCCUGUGUGCACGGCCAAGCCAAUAGAGCGUGAGCGCUGUCAUGGCUCCCCCAACCACCUUAUGGAGUUGCUGUCCUGGGACAUAGAGGGCCAGGGAUCAAGGGAACACUGUCCCUGUGCUGGGGACCUCCAGUGCCAACAUCUCGGCCGAGGCUCCCUGUGUCUGAAAAGACAGAACUCGAGUGAAGAGGACCUGACAGACACACUUUAUUCAGAAAUUGACUAUAUUGUCUAGGAGUAACCAUGCAGCUCAACCUUUUCAGGCCUGUAGACAAUCAGAUAGAGGGGUCUCCAGUGAUUUCAGCCUAGAAAAUGAAGUUGCUCACCGGCGUCUCACAAGGCUUACAUGUAAGAUUCUUCCAUCUAUAAGCUUGUCAUUGUUUAUUCAAGCCAUUGCAGUUCUCUCUAUCUGCUCGAAGUUAACCAAAGCUCUAGAUGUUACGUAGUGCAUAACACCAUGUAUGUAUUAGAUGAAAUUCCUAGACGUUUACGCUGUUCAAGGUAGUGUGUAUGAUGACUACACUCCAAUACCGCAAUAAGAGUUCGUGUUUUAACAAAUAUGUACCUCCUCCUGCUCUCUGAUGUCUCACUUAUGUGCCUACCCUCAGGAUGGAUAGUUUGCUGGAGAUGCACUGUUGAGGCCCUUUGCUCAAAGGAAUUAAGUCAAGUUAGGGACGAAGAAAGAAUAAACACAAUGCACUGUAUACAUGUGAAGUAGCUUGCUUAGUCCUGGUUUUUGUUUUAAAUAGUGGUUUAAACAAGAACAGAUGAAAUUUCUGAAUAUAUGGAGCACUUUGACAGGUCAGCUCAUCAUGCUCACAACUUGGUAAUGGAAACUAUAACCCAGACACAUGCAGCUUGCACAACUUUUGCUCAUAAGAAAAUAAAAGGCUUUGAAAAUG